CAUGCAUGCAUGUAUGUAUGUACAUCAACAAAUCAUAUUAAGCUGCCUGGAAGCUAUAAAUGAUAGCAUAAAAUAUUUUGGGUUAAAAAAGCUGAGUUAGGAAAAUAGUCGAAAGCUACCAAUCUAACUAGGAAUGUUAAAAAUGGCAAAUUAGAUUAUGUAGUCCUAGGUAAUGUUUGCCUAAACAUAGAUCUGGAUCGCCUUUUGACCACAAGUCUGUUCAAUCAGAGCUAAACAACAGCCCCGAAUUUGGACAAAAUUAAAAUGAGGAAAUGUAUUUAUUCGAAACCAGUUUUCAUUGACACCGUAUUUUUCUGGUUUGCUAUGUCACCACCGAUUCCAGGUCCAUUUUCUCAAUUAUGUCUUCAUAUUGUGAGUUAAAAAACAGACGAUUUAUAAUCAGAUGUAUGAUCUUUGGUUUAUCUAUAUGCAUAGGAUCAUCUCUUUUAGGUCUGACUAUUUUCCUCAAUGAAAAUACUUCUAUUGAUGAACGGAAAUUAAGCUUGUUAACUGACUGCCAGCAGAAGUUGAAAGACAGAGAUGAUUAUAUUUUCGCUCUUAAAACUGUACAUAAGCCAUUGAAACAAAAUAGACAGAAAGAAAUGAUCACAAUUUUUGCUAUCACUCCCACUUACUCACGUUUAGUGCAGAAAGCUGAGCUCACAAGACUUUCACAAACAUUUUUACAUAUCCCCAAUUUCCAUUGGAUUAUAGUAGAAGAUUCUUCUACAAAAACUACUUUGGUGACCAAUUUUUUGAAAGAAAGCAACUUAAAUUAUACACAUUUAAAUAUAAAAACACCUGACAAUUAUAAACUGAAACCAACAGACCCUAACUGGUUAAAACCUCGUGGGGUGCUUCAACGAAACCUUGCCCUUAAUUGGCUUCGGGAAAAUAUUGACAUUAACACACAGAAAGGAGUUCUUUAUUUUGCAGAUGAUGAUAAUACAUAUUCCUUGAAAGUCUUUGAAGAGAUGCGUGAUACUAAAGUGGUGUCAGUUUGGCCUGUAGGCUUGGUGGGUGGUCUUCGAUAUGAGAAACCCAUAAUUGAAAAUGGUAAGGUUGUUGGUUGGUUUACACACUGGGAACCAAAACGACCAUUUGCAAUGGAUAUGGCUGGGUUUGCUAUAAAUUUGGAAAGGAUAUUUCAUUAUAAAAACGCACUGUUUACAUACAAAGUACCUCGAGGUUAUCAAGAAUCUGUUUUGCUUAAACAUCUAGGAGUGACUAUUUCAGACCUUGAACCAAAAGCUGACCUAUGUACUAAGAUUUUGGUUUGGCAUACCCAAACAGUGAGACCAAAACUGAAGAAUGAAAUUGAAAUGAAAAAGAAAACUGGUCAUGGUUCAGAUAUCAACAUUGAGCUUUAACAAAACAAAUUUUUUUAUUUUUUAAUAAAAUAUUUAAGAAAAUAAAAUGUUUGUCUGGUUUUA